AGUGGCAUGAGAGUUUGAGUCCUAACAUUAACUCCUCUCAUCUGCCCAACUUUCCUCUGUUUCUACUUUAUAUUACAACCCUGUUCUCUCUUUCCUGUCUCCCUCCAAACCUCAUCAUAGCUAUACCAAGAAGACUCUUUCCAAAAUGUCUGAUAUCUCGAGCUCCGUGAAGCUUAAAUAUGUAAAACUCGGUUACCAAUACCUAGUCAACCACUUCCUCACUCUCCUUUUGAUUCCAUUCAUAGCAACCGUCGCCAUUGAGCUUCUCCGAAUGGGUUCCCAUGAUUAUCAACAAAUACAAGCUCCGAAGUAACAUCAAAAGCUAUAACCUUUCCGGUAUGGGAUGCAGUGCCGGCCUUAUCUCCGUCGAUGUAGCCCGUGAUUUGUUACAAGUCCAUCCUAAUUCCAACGCAGUCAUAAUUAGCACUGAGAUCAUUACUCCUAAUUACUACAAGGGUAAUGAGAGAGCCAUGUUGCUCCCAAAUUGCCUAUUCCGCAUGGGAGGCGCCGCCGUUCUUCUCUCUAACCGCAAAUCCGACAGGUGGCGAGCUAAGUACAAGCUCUGUCACCUUGUCAGGACUCACCAGGGUGCUGAUGACAAGGCGUACUACUGUGUUAUGGAGGAGGAAGAUAAGGAAGGUAACGUUGGGAUCAACUUGUCUAAAGAUCUCAUGACAAUCGCCGGAGAAGCCCUGAAGGCUAACAUCACUACCAUAGGUCCUCUGGUUCUACCCGCAUCGGAGCAGCUUCUCUUCCUCUCAUCUCUUAUUGGACGUAAGAUCUUCAAUCCAAAGUGGAAGCCGUACAUACCAGACUUCAAGCAGGCCUUCGAGCAUUUCUGUAUCCACGCAGGAGGAAGAGCAGUGAUCGACGAGCUUCAAAAGAGUCUGCAGUUGUCAGGAGAACACGUGGAAGCUUCGAGGAUGACACUACAUAGGUUUGGUAAUACGUCGUCGUCUUCAUUGUGGUAUGAGCUUAGCUACAUUGAGGCUCAAGGGAGGAUGAAGAGAAGCGAUAGGGUUUGGCAGAUCGCAUUCGGAAGUGGAUUCAAGUGUAACUCCGCUGUGUGGAAAUGUAUCCGUACGAUCAAGACACCAACGGAUGGACCAUGGUCGGAUUGUAUCGAACGAUACCCCGUCUUUAUCCCUGAAGUUGUCAAACUAUGAAUAUAAAUAGUUUAUAAAAAAGGUAUCGGAAAACAGAGAAAAGAAAAAAAGCAAAAAGAUACGACGAAUCAAUUCAUAUCUGCGUUUACUUUUUCAUUUUGAGAGUUUUUUUAUUUAUUGUACUAUUUAGUUUUCAAUGAUGUGAGUUGUGAUUUAUCAAAUACUACGAUUUUAUUGCGGUGAGAAA